UCCAGAUGUCCUACCCACACCGCCGGCCGUCACACCCAUGUGGGAGCGGCGGAGAGCAUUUGCUUCGUCUGACUGGAAGGAGGAUCCUUUCCAUCGAUACAUCGACUUUCUUCGCGUAAUAUAGUCCUUUUUUUCUGAAAAGGAGUCGUGCCGUUACACGAUUUUGAGGGGAAAGGUCUGGUUUUACUGAAGCAGUUUAUGUCAAGGCUUUGACAAGAUCUGGUCUUCGCAGGCAUGCUGGGACAAUCGGCAAAGGCCCAGAAGAAAUGGGCAGCCGUGCGGGGCCACCUGGGCUCCUCCCAGGACCCGGAGCAGCCGGAGGCCAACCUGGAGAAUGCAGAUGCGGAACUCUGCAUCCGCCUGCUGCAGGUGCCGACCGUGGUCAACUACUCAGGCCUGAAGAAGCGUUUGGAAGGCAGCGACCAGGCCUGGAUGGUGCAGUUCUUGGAGCUCAGCGGCCUGGACCUGCUGCUAGAGGCUCUGGACCGGUUGUCGGGCCGUGGCUGCUCGCGCAUCGCUGACGCCCUUCUGCAACUCACCUGCGUCAGCUGUGUGCGCGCAGUCAUGAAUUCUUCCGCCGGCAUCAACUUCAUUGUGGACAACGAGGGUUACGUGCGUAAGCUGUCUCAAGCUUUGGACACCUCGAACACCAUGGUGAAGAAACAGGUGUUUGAGCUGCUAGCCGCCCUCAGUGUGUAUUCAGUGGACGGGUACAACCUGGCACUGGAUGCUUUGGACCACUACAGGAGCGUGAAGACCCAACAGUACCGCUUUAGCGUGAUCAUGAGCGAGCUGCAGGGCACAGACAACGUGCCAUACAUGGUCACUCUGCUCAGCUUCGUCAACGCCCUCAUCCUGGGGGUCGAGGACCUGCGCAAGAGGGACAAGCUGCGCAAGGAGUUCAUCGGGUUACAGUUGCUGGACAUACUGCCUAAAUUAAGGGAGCAAGAGGAUGCUGACCUGAUCAUCCAGUGUGAAGCAUUUGAGGAGACCAUGGCUGAAGAUGAGGAAGAGAUUAUGAGGCUCUAUGGGGGUAUUGACAUGGGAAACCAUCAGGAGGUCUUUACCACCCUCUUCAACAAGGUCAGCAGCUCCCCGGUCUCCCUGCACCUGCUCUCCAUCCUGCAGGCCCUGCUGCUGCUGAGCCCGGAGCGAGUGGAGGUGUGGCAGACCCUGGACGCCAUUAUCAACCGGGCCAUGCUGCUGGCACAGGACACUCAGUUGGACUCCAACAAGAUUAUGGAGCGCCUCAACCUCUCCAAGGGGAAGUCCAGUGCACCACCUCCAAAGAGGACUGAUCGUGCUGUCCAGACAGAUGUGCCACAGCCCUUGACUCCUAUGAGUUUGCCCCAUGGGGGCCUCCUUCCUUGGGGCCCACCUCCUACGGGACCUCCACCUCCAGGCCCUCAGCUUCCUCCUGGCCCGCCCCCUCCACCAGGUCCUCCUCCACCUCUAGGCGCCCCCCCUCCUCCUCGCCCACCACCACCACCCGGCCCUCCUCCUCCUCCAGGUCCUCCUCCACCUCUAGGCGCCCCCCCUCCUCCUGGCCCACCACCACCACCUGGCCCUCCUCCUCCUCCAGGUCCUCCUCCACCUCUAGGCGCCCCCCCUCCUCCUGGCCCACCACCACCACCCGGCCCUCCUCCUCCUCCAGGUCUGCCUCCACCUUUGGGCGUCCCUCCUCCCCCUGGCCCUCCCCCUCCUCCUGGUCCACCCCCUCCACUUGGCAUGGGUCCACCACCACCACCUCCACCCCCUGGUGGUCCAGGCUUGGUCCCACCCCCUCCUGCCCCACCUGUCUGGGGAGAGGUGGUGGCCCAAAGGUCCCUGUGUCUAGGCCAGGCACCUGUUCCCUCCUACAAGCCUGGCCGCUGCCCCACACAGAGAAUGAAGAAACUCAAUUGGCAGAAGUUGCCCUCUAAGGUGGUGACAGACGGCCAGUCCAUGUGGACCUCUGUGCAGGAGGACAGUCCCCUGGAGCCAGACUACUCCAGCAUCGAGGAGCUAUUCUGUCUGCCUGUGACACAGACCAAGGACAAGGGGUCAGCCGCACCACCCAAGAAAGAGGCGAAGGAGAUUUCUUUCAUUGAACCAAAGAAAAGCCUGAAUCUGAACAUUUUUCUGAAGCAAUUCAAAUGCUCUAAUCAGGAGUUUGUGGCCAUGAUACAGAAUGGGGACAGAUCUAAAUUUGAUGUGGAGGUUUUGAAACAACUUCAGAAGCUUCUUCCAGAGAAGCAUGAGAUCGAGAACUUGAAGUCCUUCCAGGGGGAGAACGACAAGCUGGCUAAUGUGGACCAUUUUUACCUCCUGCUUCUGAAUGUUCCCUGCUACCCGUUGAGGAUAGAGUGUAUGCGGCUGUGUGAGGAAACAGGGUCCCUGAUAGAUAUGCUGAAGCCCAAGGCUGAGCUGGUGGAUGGAGCGUGUGUCAGCCUUCGAGAGAGCACCCGGCUGCCCAGCUUCUGCAAGCUCAUCCUCAACGUUGGCAACUUCUUGAACUAUGGGAGUCAUACGGGGAAUGCGGAUGGGUUUAAGAUCAGUACCCUGCUAAAGCUGACCGAGACCAAAGCCAAUAAGUCCCGUAUCACUCUACUCCAUCACAUCGUGGAGGAGGCUGAGGAACACCACCCUGAGCUUCUCAGCCUCCCCGACGACCUUAAUAUCUGUGAAAUGGCCGCUGGGGUGAACCUAGAGUCGGUCAAGACGGAGGCAAACUCACUCUUCAAACGUCUUAGGGAUAUUCAGAAGAAGGUGGCAUCCUCUUCCAUGGAGGACAUCAAGGGGCAGUACCUGGACAUUAUUGAGAGCAACCUGGAGGCUUGCAAGGCUCUGGAGGAACACUUUGCUGCCAUAGAGGAGAAGAGGGUGGGACUGGCUCUGUACCUGUGUGAGGAUGUGUCCCGGCUCUCCUUGGAAGAGCUCUUUGGUACCAUCAAGAGCUUCAGGAACCUCUUUCUCAAGGCCCUCAAGGAGAACCAGACUCUGAAGGAACAGGCAGCCAAAGCAGAGAAGAGGAAAAAGCAGCUGGCUGAGGAGGAAUCCAAGCGGCAGAAGGGGGAAAAUGGGAAGAUAAUACGGAAGGGCCCCGUGGUGCAGGAAGAGGGCUGCAUUGUGGAUCUCCUGCUGGCAGAUAUCCGGAAGGGCUUCCAGCUGAGGAAGACGCGGCCCAGGUGCGAAACGGAAAGCCGUCCCACUAGGGAAAUGCAUAGGGAUAAUGGCGAGCCUGGACCAAAUGCAAAGUCUGCCGGAGAUGCAGCCGGAGUCUCGGCCCCCGAGACCACGCAGAACGGCCUCUCCCCGGAAAGCAGAAGGCAGGUGGAGGCCGAGGUCCCUGCCUCAUCCACAGAGGCAGCAGCUUCAUCGCAGGCUGAGGAGCCGCGAGUCAGCCCCCAGGACUCGAACGAGUCUCAGUCAGGUCGCUCUGGGGGCUGCCCACUUAUAUCACAAACCAGUGACACGCCCAUGUUCUCCACCCCUCCCCCGGCCACAGACGGGGACGUACCGCAACACGAUCCUAGCAGCAGCAAGGAGCCAGGGUGUGCCAGCGAACUUGAAAAUAACACGCCAGAAGGGGGCGCUGGUGCAUGCCAUUCAGUUUCACCCGAAGGUGCAUCUGCAGACACUGAUAGAGAUGGUCAUGUUGCCAAGCCUGACACGUCUGUCAUGGGUGGGAACGAAGCUGGAUCCAGUGGAGUGGAGUGCAGUGGUGUGGGCACCGGGGAAGUGAACGGUGACGGGAAUGAUGCCGACGUGAGCCCGGUCACAUGCCACACGUCAGACGGGACGGGUUCGCAGACGCCGGACUCCGUGCCGGACUCCGUCCCGGACUCCGCCUUCCUGAAGCCUGAAACAAAAAAGUCACAGAAACAUUCGAAGAAAAAUAAAAAGAUCAAUGCAGAAGCAGAAGGUGGUAGUGGAAAGAGGCACCCAAAACAUAAUGGGUGUGGUUUGCAGUGAGGUAGGUCAAACUACUGAAGUGGGAGAACUAACUCCUGUGGGAGAGGGUGGGCCAAAGGUCAGACUGUAAGCUUUACCUUCCUUAACUGCUUUUCCUGCCACUGAACGAAUAAUGAAUCCUCAUCUGGUCCCGAUUGUUUUAACCAUCCUAUUCCAUUGCUUUUACUGGUGCUUUUCUUUAUGUGACUGCCUCUGAUUGUGACUGCCUCUGAUUGUGACUGCCUCUGAUUGUGACUGCCUCUGAUUGUGACCUAAUGAAAUAUUGCAGAUUUGUGGAGCAGACGGGAUGUGUAAGGCACAUCCUAGCCAUAAGACUGCAGUUGAUGGACUAAAUUCCAUUUUAAUGACAAGCUGGCCGUAUGAUGAGAACAGCAGUAUGAUGCCCCCCCCCACCCCCCAGUUCAGACAUGCUGGUGGAAUUUGGCCCUCGGGGCAAAAAAAAAAUGGUUGCGGACCCUUUGUCUAGACUCUUGACAUUAUAGCACAUCUUUCCAUUGAUUAUUAUUAUUAUUAUUAUUGACUCAGCUUCACUUGACCUUUUAUUUGUUCAAGUCAUUUCAACACUCCAGAUUUUACACACAUCAAUCAAUGGGAGAUUCAAUAUAUGAGUAGCAAUGGUGCAUAUUGCCCAAUGCAUAGCCUAAUAUGCCAGCAAGCUGUCAGAGCAACGUGAUUUUAACCCACUAACAUGUCUAAGACCUACCAGAAUGACCCAUAAACAUUUCCUGUCUUCAACUGACUCUCCCGUCCUGGCAGUAAUGGGAAAAGGCCUGGAGGAAAUGCCACAUCUUCUUGGUCUGGUCUCAUAUUAUUACCAGAAAUUACAUUUGUCAUGCAAAUAACACCUAUGAAUUCUUUUCUUUUCUACAUUGUCUAGUUAUCCCUCCACAACACCAAGCUUGUUAGGGAUUAAGGAUCAAAUUUUCUUCUGGUUUGUAAACUAAUUAUACUGUCUUUUUUUUGUAGGUGGUUACAAGAAAAGGAAGACAAAAUGUCAAAGAAAAUGAUUUUUUUUCUUUGUUACUCUACUGCUGUUAUGUCACCUAGAGCUGGGUCUGGCUACUGCCUACAAUCACUUAUUUAUACGUCAUUUGAAUGAAGAUGGCCCGUGAGAAAGGACACUUUUUAUCAGUUUGAUAAACUGCUGUUAGAGAAUUCCUGUGCUUUUCAGGGGGAAAAUUGACCAAGAUGUGUGGGACACGUUUUUGGAAUUUCAGAAAAGAGAAUGGAUAGUAAUCUAAUGUUAGUUUUGGAUUUGUGAUUUUUUUUAGCUAUACUUCCUGUGAUUGUCAACGAAAAAAACGGUCAUGUAUUAGAGAAAAUAUGUGCUGAUCUGUAUGUAAAGUAGUUACAAUUGCAUUGCACUAUUCUACAAUAAUGCAAACAGCAGAUCUAUUCAAUAGCUUGAUUUGCUGAGAAAAUGAAUACUUAAUCGUUUUUGUGUUUUUGCUUUUUAUAAUUUAUCAUGAUGCGCACAUAGAUGUCCUUUUUUCCUUUUGUCACAACCGUCAACGUGUAACUCACCGAUGAGUAUUACAAUAUGACUAAGUUUUGUAAAUCUAACUGAAAAAGAAAAAGCUUUAUAUUGUUUUAGUUUUGAUAUAAGAGAGUGUCCUUUUACGUAAGAUUUGUAAGAUUGUCGUCAUUUAUAUUAUUGAGCUAUAGUCUUUCUUUGGAUUAGUAUUUUAGUUUUACGUGACGCCAGACUGUGUUUACUAAUGACAAUUCAUUAUUGUGUCUUAAAUCAAUGAUGUACAUCAAUAAAGAUCUAAGUUACAG